AUGUCAGGCAUCGACGUCGAAGCGCUGCUCGAAUCAACAGCGGACCCUGGUUCCAACGCCACCAAAACACCGGAGACCUCGGACCAGAAAGGCAACGACAUCGAGAAGAAGAAGGACCGUGACGGGCGCCGUGAUCGAGAUGGCUCUCGGGACCGUGACAGGGACAGGGAUCGUAGACGCCGCGAUCGAAGCCGAGACCGACGCCGCGAGAAAGAUGUGGAUGGAGACGAGGAGAUGAAAAGCCCAAAAAGCGAUCGCGCAAGUGCUAACGGGAGCCAUAGAAGCCGAAAGAGAAGCAGAAGCCGCGACAGCGAGAGGAAACGCUCCCGCCGCGAUCGUGACCGUGGUGGUGAUGACGCCUACCGUUCUUCGGGCGGUGGUGGGGACUUUUACCGUGGAGGUGGCCGUACUCGAUCCCGAUCCAGAUCCCCGCUCGACGAUAGAUAUUAUAGACCGACCGGGAGACCACGUCGCGACGGCGAGGAUCGGGAGGAUGACAAGCGUCGCUCUCGGCGUGAUAGGGAAGGCCGACGACGUUCACCCAGCAAUAGUCGUCGCCCCAGCAAAACCCCUGAACCACAACUGACUGAAGAUGAACGCGACAGACGUACCGUUUUUGUACAGCAGCUUGCUGCUCGCCUAAGAACGAAAGAGCUCAUUGCUUUUUUCGAGAAGAUUGGUCCAGUUAAGGAGGCCCAGAUCGUGAAGGACAGGGUUAGCGGAAGAUCCAAAGGUGUUGGUUAUGUCGAGUUCAAAAACGAAGACUCAGUCCCACUUGCCAUCCAGCUUACUGGACAAAAACUUCUAGGGAUCCCGAUCAUCGCACAACUAACAGAAGCCGAAAAGAACCGUCAGGCCCGUAAUCCCGACGCCAAUUCCAACAGCAAUCAGCAAUCUAUCCCCUUCCACAGGUUGUAUGUUGGUAAUAUUCAUUUCAGUAUCACUGAGAGCGAUCUGCAGAAUGUUUUCGAGCCGUUUGGUGAACUCGACUUUGUGCAACUUCAGAGAGAAGAAGCGGGACGCAGUAAAGGAUAUGGCUUUGUACAAUUCCGCGAUCCCAACCAAGCCCGUGAAGCUCUCGAGAAGAUGAACGGCUUCGACCUAGCCGGCCGUCCCAUCCGUGUUGGCCUAGGCAACGACAAAUUUAGCCAUGAUCCAGCCCAGCUGAUGCAACGACUUCAACAACAGGGCCAGAACCAAGGUUCAUCGUUUGCGAACCAUGGCGGCCGUGCAGCUAAUUCAGGAGGCGGCUCCGGCGGCAACUUUGAUCGUGCGGGUGGUCGUGACAACGACAAGGGAGCUGGCGGAGCAAGCGCAUUAGAUGACACAGAUGUCGCUGGUGUGAACUUUAACAAUUAUAGCAGAGAUGCAUUGAUGAGGAAACUCGCAAGAACAGAUGAACCCGCCACUGAACCCACCCCUGACGAGAAACGUAAAGUCCCCAAAGCUCGUACCGAAGCUAAGCCGCUCCCCGUCACCGUCAACAUGGCAAGUCGCUGCGUCCUGCUACGGAAUAUGUUUGAUCCAGCGCAAGAGGAGGGUGAAUCCUGGGUCAAAGAGCUCGAGGAUGAUGUCCGCGCUGAAUGCGAAGAAAAGUAUGGCCAUGUUGUUCACAUUUCGUUAGAUCCCAACACCCAGGGCGACAUCUACCUCAAAUUCGAUCGUGUCCAGGGCGGUGAAAAUGCCAUCAAAGGCCUGAAUGGCCGAUUCUUUGGCGGACGACAGAUCAGCGCCCAACCCGUCGUUGAUGCCGUUUACAGCAGCUUAUUCUCUAGAACCAAAGCCAUAUAA